AGUUACACUGUCACCCUGGACCUGACAGGAGGCCCAUGGAGCUUGGGGCCACAGGCCAUAGGGGACAAGGGCCAGACACCGCAGCCAUGGCUCCAGGCCAUUGAUCCAGCCUAGGCUGGUCAGUUGGGGGUGGAGAGACCUUGGCCUGGAUAAACAGAGGCUUCCAGGCCUGUGUGCAGGCCCUGCACCUACCUUCCACUCUUGAAGAUGCCAAAAUGUUUCCAGCUCCUCUGUUCUACCAGGAUGCCCACCGCUGAGAUCCCUCAAGCAGCUGAUGGGCAGGGCGAUGGAGGUGAUGGAGAGGAAGCUGCUGAUCCAGAGGGGAUGUUCAAGAACCCCAAAACCACCAAGAGAAAAGGCCGGGACUAUGUCCGCUUUUCGCCAAUAUUGCUGGCCUUGGCUGCUUUGGCCUCAGCAGGAGUCAUGCUCUGGUACUUCCUAGGGUACAAGGCAGAAGUGACCGUUAGCCAGGUGUACUCUGGCAGCUUCCGGGUGCUCAAUCGCCAUUUCUCCCAGGACCUGGCCCGACGGGAGUCCGGUGUUUUCCGCAGUGAAACCGCCAAGGCCCAGAAGAUGCUCAAAGAGCUGAUUGCCAGCACCCGCCUGGGUGCUUACUACAACUCCAGUUCCGUCUACUCCUUUGGGGAGGGAUCCCUCACGUGCUUCUUCUGGUUUGUCCUUGACAUCCCUGAGUACCAGCGGCUGACGCUGAGCCCCGAGGUGGUGCACGAGCUCCUGGUGGGUGAGCUUCUGUCCAACAGCUCGGCCCUGGCUUCCUACAGGACCGAAUAUGAGAUGGACCCCGGAGGCCUGGUGGUGCUAGAAGCCAGCGUGAACGACAUAGUCGUACUGAAUUCCACGCUGGGCUGUUACCGCUACAGCUACGUGAAGCCAGGCCAGGUCCUCCGGUUGAGGGGGCCCGACCAGCUGGCCUCUAGCUGCCUGUGGCACCUGCAGGGGCCCGAGGAGCUCAUGCUCAAAGUGAAGCUCGAGUGGACCCAGGUUGAUUGCAGAGACCGGGUGGCGAUGUAUGACGCAGCUGGGCCACUGGAGAAGAGACUCAUCACUUCGGUCUAUGGGUGCAGCCGCCAGGAACCCGUGAUGGAGGUGCUGGCGUCGGGCUCCGUCAUGGCAGUGGUGUGGAAGAAGGGCCUGCACAGCUACUAUGACCCCUUCAUGCUCUCAGUGAAGUCUGUGGCCUUCCAGGACUGCCAGGUGAACCUGACAUUGGAGGGCCGGCUGGAUCUACAGGGCUUCCUCAGCACACCCUACUACCCCAGCUACUACUCACCCAGCACCCACUGCUCCUGGCAUCUCACGGUGCCCUCCCUGGACUACGGCUUGGCGCUCUGGUUUGAUGCCUAUGCGCUGAGGAGGCAGAAGUACAACCUAUUGUGUACUCAAGGCCAGUGGAUGAUCCAGAACAGGAGGCUGUGUGGCUUCCGCACCCUGCAGCCAUAUGCGGAGAGGAUCCCCAUGGUGGCCUCGGCUGGUGUCACCAUCAACUUCACCUCCCAGAUCUCCCUUACGGGCCCUGGUGUGCAAGUGUACUACAGCUUGUACAACCAGUCAGACCCCUGCCCUGGAGAGUUCCUCUGCUCGGUGAAUGGACUGUGUGUCCCUGCCUGCGACGGGAUCAAGGACUGCCCCAAUGGCCUGGAUGAGAGAAACUGCGUCUGCAGAGCCAUGUUCCAAUGCCAAGAGGACAGCACAUGCAUCUCCCUGCCUCGAGUCUGCGACCAGAAGCCCGACUGUCUCAAUGGCAGUGAUGAAGAGCAGUGCCAAGAAGGAGUGCCCUGUGGGACAUUCACCUUCCAGUGUGAGGACCGGAGCUGUGUGAAGAAGCCCAACCCAGAGUGUGACGGGCACUUGGACUGUAGCGAUGGUUCGGACGAGCACCAUUGCGACUGUGGCCUCCAGGGCCCCUCCAGCCGCAUUGUGGGCGGGUCCGUGUCCUCCGAGGGUGAGUGGCCAUGGCAGGCCAGCCUCCAGAUUCGGGGUCGACACAUCUGUGGGGGGGCUCUCAUCGCUGACCGCUGGGUCAUAACAGCCGCCCACUGCUUCCAGGAAGACAGCAUGGCCUCCCCGAGGCUGUGGACCGUGUUCCUGGGCAAGAUGCGGCAGAACUCUCGCUGGCCAGGCGAGGUGUCCUUCAAGGUGAACCGCCUGUUCCUGCACCCGUAUCACGAGGAGGACAGCCACGACUAUGACGUAGCCCUGCUGCAGCUGGACCACCCUGUGGUAUACUCGGCCACCGUGCGCCCCGUCUGCCUGCCUGCGCGCUCUCAUUUUUUCGAGUCGGGCCAGCAGUGCUGGAUCACAGGCUGGGGAGCCCUGCGAGAGGGUGGUCCCAGCAGCAGCACCCUGCAGAAGGUGGACGUGCAGCUGGUCCCUCAAGACCUGUGCAAUGAGGCCUACCGCUACCAGGUGACCCCGCGCAUGCUCUGUGCUGGCUACCGCAAGGGCAAGAAGGACGCCUGCCAGGGUGACUCUGGAGGCCCCCUGGUGUGCAGGGAGCCCAGCGGCCGCUGGUUCCUGGCAGGGUUGGUUAGCUGGGGCCUGGGCUGCGGCCGACCCAACUUCUUCGGCGUCUACACUCGCGUUACGCGUGUGAUCCACUGGAUCCAGCAGGUGCUGACCUGAGCGGCUGCUCUACAGAGCUGGAACGGCUCCGGCCCAAGUUCAGGGCACCCACCCAGCCGGGGCACAAGUAUUCUGGGGAGAGUGACCCUGCUGAGGCCUGUUCCCCACAGGCCUACUCCAGCAACAGCACCCACCGAGAAGGGAUGUCAGCUGGUGGUCGGGCCCAGACUGUCUCCUGAGGUUCAGGAGCCAGCCCCAGGUCGGCUUUACCUAGCCCUUCUCACCCCAGUUCUUUCCUCUCUCUCCUCCCUCUACCAUCGUUUUGGGGGGUGGGGGUCUGGCGGCAAUUAUGUGGCUCCCAGUCUCGGUAGGGAAGUGAGAUUCCUUCCCCAUGCAGAAGCCACUUGGAGGGAACCGGCUCAGAGAGCAGAUUCCAGCCUCGGAGCCCCCUCUCUGCACCCCCGCCCCCGCCCGGCCCCGGGUACCUUGGAUGGGUGGGAAGAAGGUGCCUCUACCCAGGGGAACCCUCAGAGCCUCGGAGACUGCCAAGUGGGCCACACUGCAAGCCAAACCACAGGGCAGCUCUGCCUGCUCCAGGGCCCUCCCUGCCAUUCCCUGGAGGCCCCGCUGUCUGUUCUGAAAAUAAAGUACUUGACCAAGCCCUGA